GUCCGACAGGAGUCCAAGAAAAUUAUGGGUUCUUCACCGAAGAACGGCAGCACUGCGCGAAAGCAGGCCAAAGCACUACGACGUCUACUUGCAAGCGUCCCUGCGGUGGCGUCAGAGGACACAACUACCACAUCGACUUCUAAGAAAGCCGCUACUGGAACUCCAGCGUCACAGCUUGCUGCAACUGCAGUGAAAAGGCCGAACCCUGAGAAGUCAGGCAAGAGCCCGCUUGAGAAACGACAGAAGCAGGAUGGAGAAAAGAACGCUUCUACAACGCCUCAAAAAAGCGUAACAAGCCAAAGCUUCUUGCUGAAGAACGAAGCAAACAACGAUAUCAAGGUUUCUUCAGCACCUGCUCCUGCUUUUAGCAAGAUUGGAGCCGGAGAGAAGAAAGCAACAGCCACCACGACUGGCAGCGACACUAAGCCGACAAAAUUAAUGGCAGCGAAGAGCACGACUUCAGCUUCACCAAGUGUGAAAACAACUUUGAAGGUGAGCGAGUCAAACAAGAUCACUUUUACGAGUUCGAAAAAGCCUAGUUCUGCUUUCGACGAUUUGAAAGAUACAAUGAAGAGCAUGACGAACAUCAACAAGCAGCCUGCGGGUGUGUAUUCCGACGAAGACGAAGAGGAGGAGUACACAUUCGAAGAGGAGUCGUGCAGCGAUAUUGAGAUGGAUAGUAAGAGUGUUGAAGAGACCUCCAACAUGAAGAUGAUUGAUCGCACAUCGAAGCCGCGCUCAGACGACAAAGAGAAUAAUCGCGACCAGAGCACGGUGAAGAAGUCAGACCCCAGUGGUACAGACUCCAAAGAUGACGCUAAGAAAGAGCAGAAAAGUAAGACUUCUUCUAUUACGGAUAUGCAGCCACCGACAUCUUCUACUAACGUGGAAAAGGAAUCUCAGUCCGGCAAGGCGCGGUCGCCAGUCAGCACUAGAUACCCGAUGUCGUCUUCUAGUGCUUACAGUGAAGACGAAGAGGAAGACUACAUUGACCAGGAAGAGGAAGAGGAGUUAUCCGAGUCACUCAACAAGAUUGAGACCGCUCAAGCACCAGUGUGCCCAGAAAAAGUUACUCAAACCCAAUACGAUGCAACCGAUGAAGACGAAGAGGAGGAAGCAGCUGAAUACUUGUCUGAGGAAGAGGACGACGAACAAAAGUUGCCUGCAUUUGAUUUGUCGGACGAGGAGGAGGAAGAAGUAUCAGAGGAAGAGGAGGAGCUGUCUUCGGACGAAGUGUCGAAGCUACGCGUCGGUGACCUACGCGAUUACACACAUGAACGACUUGUCCUGACAGGAGAAAGCCAGAACCACGAAAAGUUGGACAAAAAGCGAUUCUCUUGCGGAGAUUUUUUUAUUCUUUCUGGACGGGUUCUAAAGUUCCGCUUUUUAGCUGCAGGAAAAGACGAGUCGACGGCCGAGACAGAAGAUGACACAACAACUAGUACAACCACCAUUAACGAGAAUUUGGAUUCCACAGGAGCAAUAGCUGCAUCUUGCUUGGGUGCGGACCUUCGUUUGGGUCGCUGGUACACGGCUAGCUGCCCUGCCGAGUUCGCCCCGCUAGAGGUGCGCGUCUUGACCCCGCAAUGCGUUCGGUUGCAGCUCCAGACCUCAUCGGGAGACAGUGUUCGCAUAGAAUCUUACUCAAAGGAAACGGUAGACAUUGUCCAAGCACGUGCAGAUCUCUGGACUCACACCGCCGCAAACCGACUUGUACUGCAACUCAAUACAACAUUCUCUGCCUCGAGGAACAGCAGGGUGAACGCUUUUGAUGACAUUAUCUGCAAUACAUCUGGUGGUCCUGCGCCACUUUUCGUGCCUGAGCGGUGGUUGGACCUGCGCGACCACGCGAUGAACAAGCGUUGCAUAGCAGUGAUGGGCGCCAAGUCGACCGGUAAAUCGACCUUGCAGCGGUAUUUGGCGAACGCACUCGUUUCAGCACCACCGCUGCCAUCAAAGUCUGCGAAGGUAGUGGAAAGUAAGGAAAAGCAAGACGGUCCUCUGGCAACUUCAGGUCGUAGUCGGGGGCGACGCGUCUUCUAUCUCGAUGCGGACUUAGGGCAACCCGAGCUAACCGCUCCUGGCUUCGUGUCCUUGGCUGAGCUUUCUUCGCCUUUGCUCCAGUCAGACGGCGCGCUAGGGUGCUUUCUGACGACGGCGGCGCAGAAUCAUGGGGAUUCAUCUCCUGCGCAGUUCCUGCAUAAACGUUUUCUUGGUGCCGUAAGCCCCGAGAGUGAUCCUCUCGCGUACUUGGCCGCUGUUGAAGAGGCAAUCCAGAUUUUUCGCGACAAGACGCAGGAUGUGAACAAGGAAGCCAGCACAUCGUCAUCAGCAGAAGAAGAUGUUGUCUUACUUGUAAACCUUCCGGGAUGGAUUACGGGAUUAGGUUACCAUUUGUGUCAGAAAAUUGUGGGGAUGACGAGAACCGACUUGCUGGUGAGAAUCGGCGUUGAAUUCGAAAAAUUACAAUACUUCGCAGAUGAGGCAAGUCCUUUUUUUGGCGCAUCUUGUAGUUCUCCGUCAACAAGACACUCUUCAGGAGUUGAGCAAAAAAGUAGUAGUUCGAGUUCUUCUUCAUUGCAACACGGGAACAAGAAUUCUAGUGGCAUCAACAGAGGAAAAUCGUUCUCAGCUCGUGGGGACGAAGCGUCUCCUCGAUCCCCUAGUUCGGAAGGGGAGGGCGAUGCCCUGUCUGGAUUCCCACACUCAUGGUCUUCUGCUGCCAACGAUGACGCCGCAAACGAGUACCAGUCUCUUCUCACACCCGUGCACGCCGUGCAAGCUGUGUGGACACCCGGUGUGUUCGAGCCCGUGGACCUUCCGCCGUUCCGCGCGCUGCUCCGAGGCGAGGCAUUGUGCUUCGAGGAUGAAACUUUCCUUGGACGAUGCAACACCGAAAAUGAGAAGCAGAUGAACAAGACGACUCCUGCUUCUACACAUAAUAGUAAGGCACGCCUUCCUCGAGAGCUACGCUGGCUCCGACUCUGUGCGGCAUUCAACGCGGCACACGGAGCCUCCUCUGCUUUUUCCAAUACUACCUCUAGUACAGAUGGAUCUAUUUCUUCUUAUGGUAGUUGUCUCUUUCCUCAGGGUCCGGGAGAGUUGCAGCGUCCAUUGAGGACAUUUCUGCCUGGACUGCCUCUACGAGUGCCCCUUGAACUCCUCCGCGGUGGAGUGGCACAGUUACUUCCGUUUGUGGGCUCCGUGGUCGGACUUCGCGUCUCCUCCAGCCUGCACGACAUUCUAGUUUUCGUCCACAGCUGGGACGAAAAGGACAUGGUCUUGUUCGUAGCAGGUGAUAGUGACACAUCGAAUCUUUUAGAAAGUCUCAAUCAGAGUACCAACACGUUGUCGUCUUUGGUAUCUUCUUGGACAACAUCCAAGAACUCCAAGAGCGCAGUAGAGGACCAAGGUUCAGUGAUGAUGCAGCAACAGAAGAACAGCUCCUCUAAAACUACAUCAUCCUCUACAUCAUCCUCUACAAAUACAAGAGAAAAAGAAAUCUCAGUAGAGCUGCUACCGGCAGCAUGCACUUCCUUUGGUUGGCCGCACACAACCGGAUCCACAGCCGCGGCGCGCACACAAAACGGCCCCUUUUGGUGCCGCAAUAUGCUGGAAGGAGUGGAGAAAGGCACCCGGGGGCGGUCUACACGCGGUGACCUCAAAAGACGCCGUCUAGGGUAAUAACUCUAAAGCGACAGGACAGAUUCUCUUCACUCUGGCGGAAUUCGAUGGAAUCAGGAAAAAUGUCUUAUUUCCCCUCUGACAUAUUAGUUCGAAAUUUAACGCAUCUAUCAGUAUCAGACGCUUUCAUAUCCUCGAAAAUCAUGAGGCCCGCUCUCUACUCACCCAUCAUCCCAUUCGCUUUGACACCCUGCAUGACGAUAUGUGAUCUCUGUAGGACGAUAAAUGCAGAACUUUUGAUCUUCCAUCCACCAGAGCUUUGCUAGACUUGCAC